AGGCAGGAAAAGUAAUUGUUCUGCGCUUGAGGAGCAUUGGAGUAUUGGAACAUUGAACUACAACACACCGGCUGGCUGUUGCAAUGUCUUCGAAGUUGAGGAUCCUCGUUCCCGUCAAACGAGUCAUAGACUAUGCCGUCAAACCCCGAGUAAAGUCUGACCGCACUGGCGUCGAAACCUCCGGCGUCAAACACUCCCUCAACCCCUUCGACGAGCUCUCAAUCGAAGAAGCCGUGCGACUGCGCGAACGCAAACAGCCCGUCGAAGAGAUCCUAGCAGUCAGCGCUGGCCCGGCAAAAUGCGCAGAUACCCUCCGCACAGCUAUGGCCAUGGGCGCCGACCGUUCCAUUCACAUCGAUGUGCCCGAAGAUAAACCGCUCGAGCCUCUGAGCGUGGCGAAACUGCUGAAAGCUAUCGCCGAGAAGGAGCAAAGCAAUCUGAUCAUCCUGGGCAAGCAGGCUAUUGACGAUGAUGCGGGUCAAACAGGACAAAUGCUUGCCGGUCUACUGAACUGGCCGCAGGCUACACAGGCGAGUAAAGUUGAUAUCAAGGACAGCGAUGUCACGGUGACCCGCGAGGUGGACGGUGGUGUGGAAACGCUCAAGGCCAAGCUGCCCAUGAUCAUUACCACAGAUCUACGACUCAACGAACCCCGGUAUGCGAGUCUGCCGAACAUCAUGAAGGCCAAGAAGAAGAAGCUAGAGAAGAAGUCCCUAGCUGAUUAUGGCGUUGAUGCAAAGCCGAGGUUAAAGACAAUCAAGGUGGAGGAACCGCCUGCUCGACAGGGCGGUGGUAAGGUGGAGGAUGUGGAUGGCAUGAUCAGCAAGUUGAAGGAGCUGGGUGCCAUAUAAGCCUGUGGGUGAAUAUCAAAAGCAUAUACUUGUAGUACAGGUCGAGAUUUGGAGUAAGGGCAACUUUGUAAACUGAGUUCAAGCUCGAUUGAUUUUAUGGAAGGUCCUGUCCAUUCCCAUUGGUUUUGCAGGAUGAUUAGUAUCUACUUGAAUCCCUGUAAAACG